CCGCCCCGCCGCCUGAGCAUCCUCCCGCCCUCCUCCUCCUCCGGCUGCCGCAGAGGGGCCGCCCGCCCGCGCCCUGCGCCAUGGCAGCCUCCGAGCUCUACACGAAGUAUGCCAGGGUUUGGAUCCCUGAUCCAGAGGAGGUCUGGAAGUCAGCAGAACUUCUCAAAGAUUAUAAACCUGGAGAUAAAGUCCUCCAACUUAGACUUGAAGAGGGCAAGGACCUAGAAUAUUGCCUGGAUCCGAAGACCAAGGAGCUGCCGCCCUUGCGCAACCCUGACAUACUUGUUGGUGAAAAUGACCUCACCGCUCUCAGUUAUCUCCACGAACCUGCUGUUUUACACAACCUCAAAGUUCGAUUCAUAGACUCUAAACUAAUCUAUACCUAUUGUGGUAUUGUCUUAGUGGCCAUAAAUCCUUAUGAACAGCUGCCCAUCUAUGGCGAAGACAUCAUCAAUGCCUACAGUGGCCAGAACAUGGGGGAUAUGGAUCCACAUAUCUUUGCAGUGGCUGAGGAAGCAUAUAAGCAGAUGGCUAGAGAUGAACGAAAUCAGUCCAUCAUUGUCAGUGGGGAAUCAGGAGCUGGAAAGACCGUGUCAGCAAAGUAUGCCAUGAGGUACUUUGCCACAGUCAGUGGAUCUGCCAGCGAAGCCAAUGUUGAGGAGAAAGUCUUGGCCUCCAACCCCAUCAUGGAGUCUAUUGGAAAUGCCAAAACUACAAGGAAUGACAACAGCAGUCGCUUUGGGAAAUACAUUGAAAUUGGUUUUGAUAAGAGGUAUCGAAUCAUUGGUGCAAACAUGAGAACUUACCUCUUGGAAAAAUCAAGAGUGGUGUUUCAGGCAGAAGAGGAGAGAAAUUACCACAUCUUUUACCAGCUUUGUGCCUCUGCAGCAUUACCUGAGUUUAAAACUCUACGGUUAGGGGAUGCAAAUUACUUUCACUAUACGAAGCAAGGUGGAAGCCCUGUGAUUGAUGGUGUUGAUGAUGGCAAGGAAAUGGUAAACACCAGGCAGGCCUGCACUUUGCUAGGGAUUAGUGACUCGUACCAGAUGGGAAUUUUUCGGAUCCUUGCUGGCAUCCUUCACUUGGGCAACGUGGAGUUUGUGUCUCGGGAUUCUGACAGCUGCAUCAUUCCUCCCAAGCAUGAACCCCUCACCAUCUUCUGCGACCUUAUGGGUGUGGAGUAUGAAGAGAUGGCCCACUGGCUUUGCCAUAGGAAGCUUGCAACUGCCACUGAAACCUACAUCAAGCCAAUUUCUAAACUUCAUGCCAUCAAUGCCAGAGAUGCACUUGCCAAACAUAUCUAUGCUAAUCUCUUUAACUGGAUUGUAGAUCAUGUGAACAAAGCCCUUCACGCUACGGUGAAACAGCAUUCUUUCAUUGGAGUGCUGGACAUUUAUGGAUUUGAGACAUUUGAAAUCAACAGCUUUGAACAGUUCUGUAUCAACUAUGCCAACGAAAAGCUGCAGCAGCAGUUCAAUAUGCAUGUCUUUAAGCUGGAACAAGAAGAAUACAUGAAGGAACAAAUACCAUGGACCUUGAUUGAUUUCUAUGACAAUCAGCCUUGCAUCAACCUCAUAGAGGCCAAAAUGGGAGUUCUGGAUCUGUUGGAUGAGGAGUGCAAGAUGCCAAAAGGCUCAGAUGACACUUGGGCCCAAAAGCUGUACAAUACUCAUUUGAAUAAAUGUGCCCUCUUUGAAAAACCACGUUUAUCAAACAAGGCUUUUAUCAUCAAGCACUUUGCUGACAAGGUGGAAUAUCAAUGUGAAGGCUUUUUGGAAAAGAAUAAAGACACAGUUUAUGAAGAACAAAUUAAGGUCCUGAAAUCAAGUAAGUUUAAGCUGCUACCAGAGUUAUUCCAGGAUGAGGAGAAGGUCAUCAGUCCCACAUCAGCAACCCCUUCAGGACGUGUGCCUUUGUCCCGAAUGGCUGUAAAGCCAGCCAAGGCCAGGCCAGGGCAAGCCAGCAAGGAGCAUAAGAAAACUGUGGGACAUCAGUUUCGAAACUCUCUUCACCUGCUGAUGGAAACCCUGAACGCCACCACUCCGCACUACGUGCGCUGCAUUAAGCCGAACGACUUCAAGUUCCCCUUCACAUUCGAUGAAAAGCGGGCAGUGCAGCAGCUGAGAGCUUGUGGUGUCUUGGAGACCAUCCGAAUCAGCGCAGCUGGCUUCCCCUCCAGGUGGACAUACCAGGAGUUCUUCAGCCGUUACCGUGUUCUGAUGAAGCAGAAAGAUGUCCUUAGUGACCGAAAGCAAACGUGUAAAAAUGUCCUGGAGAAGCUGAUUCUGGACAAGGAUAAGUACCAGUUUGGUAAGACAAAAAUAUUUUUCCGGGCUGGUCAAGUAGCCUAUCUGGAAAAAAUAAGGGCAGAUAAGUUGCGAGCUGCCUGUAUCCGCAUCCAGAAGACGAUCCGGGGCUGGCUGACGCGGAAGAAGUUCGUGCGCAUGAGGAGAGCGGCCGUCACCAUCCAGAGACAUGUCAGGGGGCACCAAGCACGAUGCUAUGCCAAGUUCCUGCGGAGAACACGGGCUGCCAUCACAAUUCAGAAGUUCCAGCGCAUGUACGUGGUCCGCAAGAGGUACCUAUGCAUGCGAGCUGCAACUGUUGCUCUUCAGGCUCUCUUAAGAGGUUACAUGGCCAGGAACAAGUACCAAAUGAUGCUUCGGGAGCACAAGUCUAUCAUUAUCCAGAAACAUGUGAGGGGCUGGCUGGCUCGGGUGCACUACCACAGGGUCUUGAAGGCCAUUGUUUACUUGCAAUGCUGCUACCGGCGCAUGAUGGCCAAGAGGGAGCUAAAGAAACUGAAGAUAGAGGCCCGGUCUGUAGAACGCUACAAGAAGCUUCACAUUGGCUUGGAGAACAAGAUCAUGCAGCUGCAGCGAAAAAUUGAUGAGCAGAACAAAGAGUACAAAUCUCUGCUGGAGAAGCUGAGCAGCCUGGAGAUCACAUACACUACGGAGACAGAGAAGCUGCGGAGUGACGUGGAAAGGCUUCGGAUGAGUGAGGAGGAGGCAAAGAACGCGACCAACCGUGUCCUCAGCCUUCAGGAGGAGAUUGCCAAGCUCCAGAAGGAGCUGCAGCAAACUCAGUCUGAGAAGAAGACCAUUGAGGAACGGGCAGACAAAUACAAACAUGAAACUGAGCAGCUGGUGUCGGAGCUGAAGGAGCAGAACACAUCCCUGAAAGCUGAGAAGGAGGAGCUGAACCGCCGCAUCCACGACCAGGAGAGGGAAAUAACAGAGACAAUGGAGAAGAAGUUCCUGGAGGAAACAAAACAGCUGGAGCUAGAUCUGAAUGAUGAACGGUUACGGUACCAGAACCUGCUGAAUGAGUUCAGCCGUUUAGAGGAGCGCUAUGAUGAUCUCAAGGAUGAAAUGAACUUAAUGGUGACCAUCCCCAAGCCUGGACACAAAAGAACAGAUUCAACCCACAGCAGCAAUGAGUCUGAAUAUACUUUUAGCUCUGAGAUCACAGAAGCAGAAGACUUGCCAGUGAGGAUGGAGGAACCUAUUGAGAAAAAGGCACCAUUGGAUAUGUCUCUGUUCCUCAAGCUGCAGAAACGGGUUACAGAACUGGAGCAAGAAAAGCAAUCCCUGCAGGAUGAACUGGACAGAAAAGAAGAACAAGCUCUCCGUGCUAAAGCUAAGGAAGAAAAAAGGCCUCAAAUAAGAGGUGCAGAGUUGGAGUAUGAGUCACUCAAGCGUCAAGAACUUGAGUCUGAGAAUAAAAAACUGAAGAAUGAGUUGAAUGAGCUGCAGAAAGCCCUCACAGAAACACGAUCUCCAGAGGUAACUGCUCCUGGUGCCCCUGCAUAUAGAGUCCUCCUGGAUCAGCUGACAUCAGUAAGUGAAGAGCUGGAAGUACGCAAGGAAGAAGUCCUCAUCCUGAGGUCUCAGCUUGUUAGCCAGAAAGAGGCUAUUCAACCCAAGAACACCAUGACAGAUUCUACAAUCCUCUUGGAGGAUGUACAAAAGAUGAAAGACAAAGGAGAAAUAGCACAGGCAUAUAUUGGACUGAAGGAAACAAACAGGCAAUCUCCCCAGGACUAUCAUAUGCUGAAUGAGGACGGAGAACUUUGGCUGGUUUAUGAAGGGUUAAAACAAGCCAACAGGCUGCUGGAGUCUCAGCUUCAGUCACAGAAGAAGAGCCACGAGAAUGAGCUGGAAUCACUGCGAGGUGAGAUCCAGAGUCUGAAGGAGGAGAACAAUCGCCAGCAGCAGCUCCUGGCACAGAACCUGCAGCUCCCUCCAGAGGCCCGCAUUGAAGCCAGUCUCCAACAUGAGAUCACCCGCCUGACCAAUGAGAACUUGUUUUAUGAGGAGUUGUAUGCAGAUGAUCCCAAGAAGUAUCAAUCGUACCGGAUUUCACUUUACAAACGGAUGAUUGAUUUAAUGGAGCAGCUGGAAAAGCAAGACAAAACUGUUCGCAAGUUGAAGAAACAGUUGAAAGUAUUUGCUAAGAAGAUUGGUGAACUUGAAGUGGGCCAGAUGGAGAACAUAUCACCUGGACAAAUCAUUGACGAACCUAUUCGUCCAGUUAACAUUCCACGGAAAGAAAAGGACUUCCAAGGAAUGUUAGAAUAUAAGAAGGAGGAUGAACAAAAACUUGUCAAGAAUCUUAUUUUAGAGCUGAAGCCACGUGGGGUAGCUGUCAACCUGAUUCCAGGACUACCAGCAUACAUUCUGUUCAUGUGUGUUCGCCACGCCGAUUACCUUAACGACGACCAGAAAGUGCGGUCGUUGUUGACUUCCACUAUCAAUGGCAUCAAAAAAGUGUUGAAGAAAAGAGGUGAUGACUUUGAAACGGUGUCCUUCUGGCUAUCAAACACCUGCCGAUUUUUGCACUGUUUGAAGCAAUAUAGUGGAGAAGAGGGGUUUAUGAAGCAUAAUACACCUCGUCAGAAUGAACACUGCCUCACUAAUUUUGAUUUAGCUGAAUACAGACAAGUACUGAGUGACUUGGCUAUUCAGAUCUACCAACAACUUGUCCGAGUCCUGGAAAAUGUUCUGCAACCUAUGAUUGUUUCAGGAAUGCUGGAGCAUGAGACUAUCCAAGGUGUCUCAGGGGUGAAACCGACAGGGCUGCGGAAGAGAACAUCCAGCAUUGCUGAUGAGGGAACCUACACGUUGGACUCCAUUAUUCGGCAGCUGAACUCCUUCCAUUCAGUGAUGUGUCAGCAUGGAAUGGAUCCAGAGCUGAUCAAACAGGUCGUCAAGCAGAUGUUCUACAUCAUUGGGGCCGUAACACUUAAUAAUCUUCUCCUGCGCAAGGACAUGUGCUCAUGGAGCAAGGGAAUGCAGAUAAGAUAUAAUGUGAGUCAACUGGAAGAAUGGCUACGUGAUAAAAAUUUGAUGAAUAGUGGGGCUAAAGAAACACUGGAACCCCUUAUCCAGGCUGCACAGUUGUUGCAAGUAAAAAAGAAAACAGAUGAAGAUGCAGAAGCCAUUUGUUCAAUGUGCAAUGCACUGACUACUGCCCAGAUUGUAAAAGUUCUGAAUUUGUAUACUCCAAUUAAUGAGUUUGAAGAGAGAGUCUUGGUAUCAUUUAUACGUACAAUACAGAUGCGUCUGCGAGACAGGAAGGACUCUCCUCAGCUGCUCAUGGAUGCUAAACACAUCUUUCCCGUUACUUUUCCAUUUAAUCCAUCCUCCCUGGCAUUAGAAACCAUUCAGAUCCCAGCCAGCUUGGGCCUGGGCUUCAUAUCACGCGUCUGAUCCCAAGAACGUACCAUCAGUGGUAGAUGGAGAAUCAGUUGCCUGAUACCUUUACCUGUUAACACGUAGUGAGCCCCUGAAAAUACAUGUUCUGAACAACCAGUCUGUAUGUGCCCAGAUCUGUAGUAAAAGUAGCUGGAAAACUACCCAAGAGCACCACAGAUUGAAGGCUGAUAGAAAGACGUGCGUUUGUGUUCAGUCGUUGCAUUUCUGAAGACAUCACUGAUUCAUACCUUUCCAGAAUAUGGAAAUUGGGCUUGGACAGAUACUGUGUCUUCAGCUCUCUAGAGACAUUUUUAGAUCUUUAGUAACAUAUUUAAAUAGUGUAAAUGAAACUCCAUAUGUAAUCUUCUCAUAGGCAGGGACCAACAGGGACAGUCACAGUCCUGAACGUGGAAGACUUGAAAGUAAAGUGUUUUGUAGUAGAACAUACGGUCACUUGGGAGCCUGUUACAUUGAAUUUGUAAAAACUGGAAUGGAGAAACACAAACUGGCAAUAUAUGAAAUGAUUUCUUAAACCACUUCCUUAUUUAUGUCAGUUUGGCAUAAAUUGUAGUGAUAACUCUUACAGCUCACUGUAUGCUAUAACUUAGGUGAUCAUUUGUUAGUACUGUGGUUUACCAAGCAUACUAACUUGCUGCUGCCUAUUGUGUUCUUUUAAAUGUAUCAUAGUAUCAUACUAGGCACUAAAAAUAAAAUACUUCAUUUUU